CAGGGGGAGUGGUGGAGGAGCUGGCCGGUGAGACGGUUGACUGUGAGUAUCUUCCGCCGUGCUCGCUGUCAGCCUCGGAGAGGUCGAGCGGAGUCAACCCAAGAUGCUGCAGGAUGUCAUUCACACUCGAGUCCUCUUUCAUGGGCUGGGCGGCAAGGUCGUCCAUUGCCUCACCCGUUAUGAGCCGGUGAUGAAGUAUCUGGAUGGCUUCGAUAAGGGUGGCUUGUUGUCGCCCUAGCAUUUCGGCAUAGCUUCACAACCCAUCAGCUACAGGCAUGAUCAAGCGCAAUCGUGUCGACUUACGCCAAUACUGUAUAAGGCCGGGAGUUUCUCCGUACAUGGGUGUAUGUACACGAGGUUCCCCGUCGGAUGCAACUUUUACACGGUGAAGAAGAAUGCAAUGAUGGACGAACCUUGGCCUUUUUAAUCCUGCAAAGAUCACAAGCGCGAAUGGUUCGCGGAUUCUUCUUCUUCCUUCUGGCAUAGGAGAAGUCAUCGCCAACGCCCAAUCUCCCAUUGCACCGUUCAGCAGGAGGAGGAGCGGGCGCCAGUGAGAUAGAGUACUGGCUUGGAUGCCGCAUGGCGGACGGGGCAAUAAUUGUCUUGUUCAUGACUCUCGCUGACGGCUUCACUAGAACGAACAGUCUUCUCUUGGAUAUGCUGGGGAUGACUAUAUUUCCAGAAGAUGAUCGCUGAACUCGCCCGAGCCUGUGUUACGACUUUUUAAAGAUUCAAUGAGAUGCGGAUGCCGGGGUCUCAUCAUUCUGAUAAAGUUAUCCUUUUGCACCGUCUGAAAGCAAUGUACCUGUUCAAGCCAAUGUACCAUUGUAGAUUCCUCAGGCGGUCCCGCAUCAACAGGCUUUAAGCAAUCAUGAGAUGAUUUGUGCUUCGGGACUCAAAAGCCGGAAAAAGCCCGCGAUCCGCAAGCCGCUCCCAUGCCACUUGGCUGGCAGUACCAGCGCAAAACUGGCCCUCACCUGAUGGAAAUACUAUUUCCCACUGGCACCCUCUACCGUCCUUGGUCCUCGAACCGCAACCCGUGCGAGUGAUUCUCACGUUCUGAAUCAAGCGAGCCCAGCAUGUCGACUGUUGCGUCCAUCUACUGGACCUUCAGGAAAAUUCCAUGGCCGCUCCAUUCGUGGAGGAGCUGCGGUCGCACCAUUAUCAUCUCACUGUGGAUGGUGUGAUUAGCCUGUUACUGGCCAUGUGGCUUCCAAUCUUUUGCUUCAGCAGCAUGUCGUCGACGUGAUGCGACGAGAGUUAUAUAAACAAUGCGAGAAGCCUGGAUCUGGUGGCAGCCCCCAUUCAUCAACAAGCUCGAAUAGACAGCAGAAUCUUCUGUUUCGUCCAAAGAACAAGCCACAUUCUACGCUUCCGACAAACACCAUUUGAGUGUUAAGUAGCCAUCGAGAUGAAGUUUGAGAAGAUGUCAAAACCCAGCGAGGGCGUCAUCCGCAACACCUCCAGAUUCCUUUACCAGGCUGAGGCCUUGUUUGGUGGGAUCAUCCUUGGUAUCGUCAGCUGGUACCUGGCCCAUUGGAGAGAUACAGAAAAGUACCCCGGCGCACGUCUGUGCUUCACCGAGAUCUUUGCUGGCUUUGCCAUCAUCUACGGAAGCAUCGCCAUCUGGACCUACAACUGGUUCCCCAUCUGCUUUGCCGUGAUCAACUUCAUCUUCAGCCUGGCAUUCUUCUCCGCAUUCGGCGCUCUGAUUGAGUGGGACUGCAACAAGAACUGGGUCGGCUGGGAGGAGAACAUUGGCAAGGGAUACAAGGCCUGCUGGAAGACGACCGAAGCCUUUACCUUCAUUGCCGCCUUCUUCUUCCUGGUCAGCACCGUCUUUGCCCUGAUGACCACCUCUGCCACCACCGAGCACCACGUCCACAUGAUCCACAGGAAAGCCAGCGGCACCAGCAGCACCGCUGAAACCCAAGUCUAGACCCGUUUCGAGACUCGCGGGGCCUGAUCAAAAGCGAGCACAUACGCCCUUUUUCACCCCCCCAACACGUUCGUUUGUCGCCGAUACCAAAAGCACUCACUGUACCAACACCGUUUCUUUUGUGACACUGUUUUCUUGCAACACGUAAUGGAGGGUCUCUGAUGGCGGGUUAUCACUCGCCAGCACAACUCUCGGAGAAGGUGGGCCAAUCCAGGGCGGGGAGGGACGGGGGACUGGCCGAGGGAGCUGAUGUGAAGAGAGCUCUUGUGUACAAAGUUAUCAAGCGGGUUCUUUGAACGACAUUGUCAGCGCGCACACGUUUUCACGAAAGCAAUGAUACCCCCUGAAGCUGUUCUCGCGUCGGCACGGUUGACUUCCAUAGCCUCUGGGACGAUAUGCUUGUCUGUUGAACAUAAUGAGAAUAAUCAUAAUAUUUGUGUUCUGCAAAACA